AAUAUAAUGUACUGUGAACCUCAUUUUUAAUUGUACACAUUAGGGUUUUGUCAGCAGGAGCCAUUUUUACUUUAUGGCAGAAUUAGUAAUUUAAAACUCAGCAAGAUUUUGACUUUUAAAUCUAAAUUCUUUGUUAAAACUAUAAAAGUUUGAAUAAAACAUAGAUUUUGGUUUUUAAUCUGCUUGUAUGAUGAGCCUUUUUGCACACAUUAUUCCUGGACAAGAGGAGUUUGUUAAUGAAUGGAGGGAAAUACUUUAGAUUUGAUUUAAUUAAACAGUUGGGUUUUGCAGGUUUUCCUUAGAAACCUCAGUCAGUUCCUUUGCUGCUGCUUGCUUUUUCUCACCUGUCUUCCCUUUAGGAGAGACGAGGAUCAUGGAGUUUAAAGUGAUCCGACUUUUUGUUCUGUUGGCGGCAACUGUGGAAGCUCAAGUCAACCCAGAAGUGUGUCGCUAUCCUCUUGGAAUGACGGGAGGGCAGAUUCAAGAUGAGGACAUCUCUGCCUCCAGCUACUGGUCUGAGUCCACUGCAGCAAAAUUUGGAAGACUUGACAUUGGCGGCGGGGAUGGGGCCUGGUGUCCUGACAUCAUGUCUGAGCCGCAUGGCCUCAAAGAGUAUCUCCAGGUGGACCUGCGAUCGUUGCACUUCAUCACGCUGGUGGGAACCCAAGGUCGCCAUGCCGACGGCAUGGGGAAUGAAUUCGCUCAGAGGUACAGGAUCAAGUACAGCCGUGAUGGCAGCAACUGGGUGAGCUGGCAGGACAGGAAGGGACAGCAGGUCAUUGAGGGUAACAGGAACGCAUACGAUGUGGUCCUGAAGGAUCUGGAGCCUCCCAUCAUCGCUCGCUAUGUUCGCUUCAUGCCUGUCACCGACCACUCCAUGAUUGUGUGCAUGAGAGUGGAGCUGUAUGGCUGUGAAUGGCUUGAUGGUCUUGUGUCAUACAGCAUUCCAGAUGGACACCAGAUGAUCUACAGAGACCUAGAAGUCUCCUUUAAUGACUCUGUGUAUGAUGGAGCGUCAGCUGAAGGUCUGACAAAAGGCCUCGGCCAGCUCACAGACGGCACCUGGGGUCUGGAUGAUUUUCUCCACAGCCAAAUCUAUGGCGUGUGGCCCGGCUACGACUAUGUGGGAUGGAGCAACCGCACUUUCCCCAAAGGUUAUGUGGAGAUGAUCUUUGAUUUUGACCACGUCCGAAACUUCACUUCCAUGAAGGUCCACACCAGUAACAUGUUCAGCCGUGGAGUGAGGGUGUUCCGACAGGUCACAUGUUUCUUCUGGUCGGACUCAGAGUGGGAGCCCGGCCCCAUCACCUUCAGGCCCACGCCGGACAGGGUGAGCCAAAGGGCCCGUUUUGUCACCGUGACCCUUGGGGAUCGCACAGCCAAGACUAUUAAGUGCCGUUUCCACUUCAGUGAUGUGUGGAUGCUGUUUAGUGAAGUGGCCUUCCAGUCAGGUUCUGCAGUUUAUAACACAUCGAUGGGUCCUGGAAAACAUCCAAAAAACCCACUGCCAGUGGAUGAUCCAACUCACAAAGUGGAUGACAGCAACACCAGGAUCCUGAUUGGCUGCUUGGUGGCAGUCAUAGCCAUCUUAUCGGCAAUCAUAGUGAUCAUGCUGUGGCGACAGGUUUGGCAAAAGAUGCUCGAGAAGGCAUCCCGGCGCCUGCUGGACGAUGACCUCACAGCUCGCCUAGCCAUUCAGAACCGGGCCUUCGCCUUCCGUCACUCAUCUCUAUCCAGUGACAGUGGUUCCACCUCCAACUCCACCUACGAGCGAAUCUACCCUCUCUGCGCCGACUACCAGGAGCCUUCUCGUUUGAUUCGGAAGCUGCCAGAGUUCGCUCAUUCUGCGGAAAAUCUCGAGUCUAGCUCCUCUUGCAUGGCUGCCACAGCAAGUGGUUCAGAUGGAGCUCCACACUAUGCAGAGGCAGACAUCAUCAGCCUGCAGGAGUCCUCAGAUAGCAGUAUCGCAGCUGCCAACAUGACUCCCUUCACCGGCACUGAUUCAUCCUUGAGAGAGUUUCCCAGAGAGAAGCUCUCUUUCAAGGAGAAACUCGGAGAAGGCCAAUUUGGAGAAGUGCACUUGUGCGAGGCUGAGGGAAUGCAGGACUUUCUGGAUGAGGAUCUGUCUGUGGGGGAAAUCAGUGAAUCACUUCUGCUUGUCGCUGUCAAAACUCUGAGAGAAGAUGCGAACAAGAAUGCCAGGAAUGAUUUCCUAAAGGAGAUCAGGAUCAUGUCUCGUCUAAGAGACCCCAACAUUGUGCGCCUGCUGGCGGUGUGCGUGGACACAGAUCCCCUGUGGAUGAUCACCGAGUACAUGGAAAACGGAGACCUGAAUCAGUUCCUGUGCAAUCUCAGACUAAAAGAAGCUCCGGAUGAAGACAAGCCAGAGCAGGAGGAGGGCGAAGAUUCAAUAAGUUACACUAAGCUUAUCAACAUGGCAGUUCAGAUCGCCUCCGGUAUGAAGUACCUGUCCUCUCUCAACUUUGUCCACCGCGAUCUGGCGACUCGCAACUGCUUAGUUGGAAAGAACUACACCAUAAGGAUCGCUGACUUUGGCAUGAGCAGGAACCUGUACAAAGGGGACUACUACCGCAUCCAGGGCCGAGCGGUUCUGCCAAUCCGCUGGAUGUCAUGGGAGAGCAUCCUCCUAGGUAAGUUUACCAUGGCUAGUGAUGUUUGGGCAUUUGGAGUGACUCUGUGGGAGAUCCUGACUCUGUGCAAAGAGCAGCCGUACUCCCAGCUCUCUGACGAGCAGGUCAUUGAAAACACUGGCGAAUUCUUUCGGGAUAAAGGCAAGCAGGUGUACCUGCCAAAGCCCCCCUGCUGUCCUGACAGCGUCUACAAUGACCUGAUGCUCAGUUGCUGGAGGAGAAAUGCCAAGCAAAGGCCGAGCUUUCAGGAGAUCCACGCUCAGUUGCAAGAGAACAUGUCAGCAUAGCAGAACUGAUCUGCAAACUGUCUAUGCAAUAAACUGUUUACCCUGUUUGUUUCAGACAUAUGGAACAGAUCUGGGGAUGGAGGCAUCGCUUUGAAUUCCAUUCCGUAAAAGUCUUAGUCACAGCAAUGUUGUCAAUAUUGAAAUGCAUAAAGAAUAGCUUUACAGACUACACUGUGUUAUGUUUGUUAUUCACACAGUGCAUUCAUACUUUGAUUUAUUUAUUGUUUCUUUUUUAUUUCUUAUGUUACUCCUAUGUAUUUUAUUGUACUUUUUAUUGAAAACACAAUUUUAUUAAUAUAUGGCCUAAAAUUUUAUUUGUAUUUGGCUAUUUUGAAAACCAAACACGACAUGAUAAAACCUUUCAUCUAUAUCUCAUUGAAAUGUCAUUGAGUACUGUUAUGAGCACAAUAUUCAUGGUUUGUAGACAGGCCGUUAUAACAGUUUUGAGGAAAAAACUGUGGUACUUCCAAGAAAGACGGUGACAGACAGAUAGGUUUAUGAUCCUAUUUUGUCAUGUACUUUUGCGUUUUUUUGUCUGAAAUCUGGUUUUAUUGUUUUCAGUGCAACCAAUGGUAGAUUAAAAUGUUGAAUAAAUUC